AUGAAAAGAAAACAAAGAGAAGAAGAAGAACAAAACAAGGACUGUACAAAUGAAAAAAAAACAGAUUUAAGACAACAAGUAAAUUUGGUAGAACAGAGAUUAAAAACUAUGGAACAAACACUUGAAAUGGUUGAACUUCAAAUGAAUAGAGAAGUCCAACUUUUAUAUUUAAUUCGAAAUGAAUUAGAACUUCAUUUAUCCAAGAAAUAUUAUGAAGAAGAAAUUAUUUGUUCAGACUCUUUUGUUCAGCCUGAGUAUCCAACCCAACCUCAAACGAAUGAAAAAAGAACAGUUUUUUCACCUGUUAUGUUUCCAAUGGCUCCAUCAUUUCCACCAGUUGUUUUUCCUUCUCAUGAAGAAAAAGAAAAAACAGGUAAACAACUCAAUAAUGCUAAUGAACAUUGUAUUGAAGAAAUUUCGUUACCACCAAUUACUUAG